AUGAGAGUUACUGGAGCUGAUGGCGUUGCGGAGCCGAAUUCCAGCGGGAUAACUGUCAUCGUCAUCGGCCUGGGAUACGCGGGCUGCGUUGCAGCUGUCGAGUGCCACCGAAAAGGACACAAGGUCAUCGUCUUUGAACAGGCACCCGAAAUCACAGCUUUGGGCGAUGUAAUUGGAAUCACCGGCAAUGCAGCUCAGAUCAUCUCGAAAUGGGGCGAUGGCAAGGUCCACGACCAGCUUGAACCCUUUCUCUGCGACUAUACUCGUCAGAACAUUCACAACUCCAAGGGACAACUGCUGGUUAGCCACUCGAUGCUUGGCUAUUCCGCCGGGUCUGGAUACGCUGCGAACAGGGGCGACAUGGCCAUUGUAUUCUACAACCACGUCAAAGAGUUGGGCAUAGAGGUCCACUUGGGAAAGAGGGUUACCGAAUAUUUCGAGACACGAGAACAGGCAGGUGUUAUCGUCGACGGGAAGCGCUGGCCAGCUGACUGUGUGCUUGCAUGCGACGGCGUCCACUCGAAAGCUCGAGGCUUCAUUAUCGGGAGUUCUGCUUCGCCGCAUUCGACCGGUUAUGCCGUCUACAGGGCCUGGUUCGACGGCAAGAAGGCCUUGGCAGACCCCGACUUGGCCUGGUUGGUCGAGGGAAACAAGGACAAGAUGGAGACAUUCAUUGGCCCAGAGACCCACUGCAUUAUCGGGACUGGCAGACGCUGCAGGGACAUUGUAUGGACCUGCACACACCGGGACACCUAUGACAUCGCCGAAUCGUGGUCCUUUCCGGGCAAGAUAGAGGACGCUCUCAAGGUUGUCGAAGGCUGGGAUCCGAGGAUCGCGAAGGUGAUGAAGAAGACGCCGGAAAACCAGCUUAUCGAUUACAAGCUGCUCUGGAGGGACCCGCUGCCAGGAUGGGUGUCCAAACACGGUCGGAUGAUGUUAGUUGGAGAUUCAGCCCACCCAUUCCUGCCAACAUCGGGCCAAGGGGCAGGCCAAGCCAUCGAAGAUGCAGCGACAGUUGCAAUAUGUCUUGAGCUUGCCGGCAAGGACCGAAUCCCUCUUGCUCUGCGAACGUCGGAAAAGAUCAGAUAUGCCAGAGCCACGCUGGCUCAGAAGAUCGGCAUCGAGACGAGAGACGCCUGGCACAAGACUGACUGGGAGGCCGCCAAGAAGAACCCAAGGCUUCUGGAAAUGCCUCGCCCCGACUGGCUCUUUGGACAUGACCCGCAGGAAUACGCAUACGAAGAGUUCGCGACUGCCGCGCUCGCGGUCCUUACCGGCGGCGAAUACGUUCCGCGCAACGUGCCACCCCCGGGGCAGUCUCACCGAACCGACGAUUUCAGCGGAAAGAAGAUGAAGGCAUGGAAAGUGGCCCAUCCAACAGCCAAACUGUGA